AUUUUGUUCCAUCUCGAGCCACUGGGCCGUGAUAUUCAACUCUGUGCUUGUUUCGCGAGGGCUGAGCGCGACCCGGAAGCCUCGGAUCCUCGGGGUCCUUGGGGUCCUCUGUUGCCAUUAAGCAUCCUACGGGACAUCGCUAACUCCUAAGUAGGCGUGCCGCGACGCGUAAUUGACGCUACCUACGACCUACGACGACUGAGCCAGCGACUGUCCAACGUUCCAGUGGGUGGCGCCUCUAUGGAUCAAAUAGACGAAGAUGACGACGAGACCUCCGACUUUGAGAUUACUCCCGACCUGGUCGUCCGACGCACACGCGCAUUCUCGGUUGGCAGUCCUGAUACCGCUCCCUUCCGACCUGUAUCUGUCGUAGCGUCUAGUACAUCGAGCCGGGCUUUUACGCAGGAGCUUAUCCGAAAUCUGAUCGACGACGAGAUGACAAAAUUACAGCAGGAUAACCCCAUCCGUAGAAGCUAUGGCCCGGGAUCUACCUCGAUACAGGGGAUGCCUGCGAAAUCAUCGCUUCGCACCGAAGCUGAACUGCGCGAAUUCAUACGACGACAUGCUCCGUCCCACGUGCCCGUACUCUCAGCUGCCUAGGGAGCGGAUGAGAUGCGAGCCCGGAACGCUACCGCCGCGGAGAGAAUUCUAUCGGUUGUUAACCAGGCCCUGGCCGAGCAAGAAGGUGGAAAUUAUGAAGGCCCGGUGACCCUACAAGAAAGAAGUUUCGAGGAUGAUCCAUUCUACGAGCCGGCGAGCCGAGUGAACCGCCCAUCGUCUGCCGCUCCAGCGGCUCAGCGGUACUCGAAUAUUGCCACGCAGAAUUACCAGAGACGUAGUGAUGGGUCGUGGAUGUACUACGGUUCCCGUCCUAGCACCAACAAUAGGGCUCAAGGGAUCAAUUUGCCCGCGCCGCCUCACCCGCCUAUGUUUAACGAGGGGCCCAGCCGCCAGACCAGAGAGGGACUGACGAACGAUUACGCUCUGCCUAUGUCUUUGGCGGAUGAUUCGGCUCUACCAUUUGAGCGUCCAGCUGUUCCCAGACUGUCAUACGGCGCAACACAACUAUCCCAGGGAUACCAGGCUGGAUAUUCUCAGUCGCCUCACCUGCGUGCCCCAGAGAUGCACAACACCAUCUCGAGUAGCCAGCAUCGACGACAUCUGGACCCCACAGUACACCGUACUGGCCGCAGCACCGAAAGCCGGUCGAACCACCCUCUCCAGAGUCAACAACAUGAAGGCGUCCAACAUCAAGAACUGCAGCGCCGAGAACCGCAGUCGCUCGCCCCGGCUGCUGAGGGCCCUUCGCACCAGCCGCAGGCCGGACCCACGCCAGCCGGACGGCAGGAGCUCGGCCGCGACCUCGUGCACGCGGCCCCGUGGCCAUUCCUGUACGAGGCGUCGGACCCGGUGGAGCUGGAGCGCAAGUCGCGGGAGCGGCGGCAGCAGCGGGAGCAGCGGCAGCGGGAGUACGCGAAACAAAAGGAACAAAAGAAGAAGGAUAAGGCCGAGGCGCUGGCGAAGCAGCAGCAGCAGCAGCAGCAGGCCCACGACGCGGCCUCGGCCUCGGCCUCUUCCUCCUUGCGCCGCGCUAGCUCCCUCCGCGCCCUGAACACCGUCACGAGCUUCACCGGCUCGCUCCGCCGCGCCUUCCAGGCCCUGCGCCGACCCCCCCGCGCCGCGACGCCGUCAAGCCAGACCAGCCAGCGAGACGAGCCGCGCGAGAAAAAUGACCAGGAGCAGGAUGCCCAGAAGGGACCUCGAGGAAACUUCUUUUAAGGUCCGGCGGGCGAGGGGAACUCUCCGGUAGGGUUGGAGGGCGAGAAUGUCGGAAGCAAAAGAGAGAUAGGAAGAGGAGAUGGACGUGGCUACACCGAAACUCGGACCUCCUGCCCCUGGGCGUCGAACGAGAGUGUUGUGGCUUGUGAGGCA